AUGAUGUGCGAGGUGAUGCCAACCAUCAGUGAAGCAGAAGGCCCCCAGGGAGGAAGUGGGAGCCAAGGGUCCAGCUCCCCUUCGCAGUCAGAUGCAGAUUCACAUUUUGAACAGUUGAUGAUCUCCAUCCUGGAAGAGAGGGACCAUCUUCUCGACAUGCUGAGAGAGACCCAAGAAACGCUGGCAUUAACCCAGGGGGAACUGCACGAGGGCAGCAUGCGCCCCAGCAUCUGCACGGAGCUCUCAGACGCUUUGGCCUGCCAGGGCCUCCGUCACUGCUGGCUGGUCCAGGUUGUGCUCCAGGAGGGAGGCUGGGGCGCCUCUGAAAGACAGCAGCCUCGUGUUCCUGGAACCACAUCAUUACAAGAGACAGAGACGGUCCGGAGCUGCCCACAUGCAGACUCCCCCAACACCAUCACAGGCCAGGAGCCGAGAAAUGUCCCAAGAUUUCACCUCGGGGUCUCUGAGCAUAAUUGA